UAAUAAAUAAUAUUUAGAGAUAAAGUCUCUUGCAAAUAUAAAUUUAAAGUUCCUGUUUUGAGUUCAUUUUGACUGCAUAUCCUGUUUUGCAGAUUUAUAAUUAUCUCUGAAAAAGACAACUAAUUUUCCAACAUUUGGUUUAUAAGAAGUAUACAAAAAAUUACUAAUUGAGCAGAUAAUCUUUUUCUUGCAAAUAUUAAUUUCUUGGUUUAGAAUUUAAAAUGGCUGUAUUUUCAGUAAACUAAGAAAUGACGAUACACAGGAAAACAUUCAUUCUAAAGCUUAUACAUUGAUAAAUAUACAUUUUAUUUAUUUCAAAUAUCACUCUUUAAAAGUUAAAGCCCUUUGUUCUUAUCCUAAAAAAACAUAGUCUUUGAUUUUGUAUUUGAUUCUGUAUUCUCAAAAUCAGCACAGAAACUAUUUUUCCUGUCAGCUUAGAUAUAAAGAAAAGAAAGCAUUUAUGAUUAGGCAACCAAAGUUCAGGUCAGAUCCACGGUUAAUAGGAAUCUCAACAAGUGUUGGCUGAGAAUAAUUUACAUCAAAAAGAAAUUUGGCACUAGUUCCCUCAAAUGGGAACUCUGCUCUUAACAUGUUAGAGUCAGAAAAUUCUUUAGGAGGUACAGAGAUCUAAGCUUAAUUCAGACGGAAUUCCUGCCUUGUGAGUGUGUUUCACUAUCUUCUCCAUUUUCAAGUUUCCCGAAAGUUUGUAAGACUAGAGUACAAAUAUUUGGUUGUGACCUUUGGGAAGGAUGACUACCUAGGAUUGCUCAGUGAUGUUUUAAAUCAAUCAGUUGCUCAUAGAUCAACUCCAAUUUUCACAACAAUCUAACAGUAGCUGUUGAAGAAGUGCAGCUCCCUCAGGGCACUUUGGCAGCUCCGGUAAAGGCAGUGGAACAGAGUGAAGCCUGAGUUACUCACUCUGCUUCCCUUGGCCAUAUCUCUAGGCACACACACGCACAAAUGGUGAUGAGGGUAGACACCCAGAUACUUCUAAUCCAAACCUCACUUUUGCCUCAAUCAUUUAUUUCAAGUGAAAGUAAUUUCAUACAACAUUCUCCUAAUACACACAACUCUUUAUUUCAUUCUGAGUACAACUGUGUGUUAGACACUCCCGCACUUUCCUGUUCUUUCCUAUCCCCCAAUUGUAGCAGUUAAAAUUGUAGCUCAGGCCAAAGACAAACAUCAUUAAUAACAUAAUAAAAGCAUUUCCAUUUUAGAAAUCAUAUUUCAGUCUUUGAUCUUUACUAAACUUUUCUCCUUCAAGUAUUAAUGGAAAUGUUUUUCUGAGAAACAGAUGCUGAUCAUCAGUAAUUUUAUUUCUGUAAUCUCUACCUGAGGUGUUGAACACACAAUCACAAAAUAUAAUAAUUAUAUUAUUUAAUUAAAAACAGGAUUAAUCAUACAUUACCCCCUGUCAGCAUUCGACACAAUUCAAUGUAUUUUUUAACAUCUGGUAUAGAAAUCUUAUCUAACAUAUUAGAGAUUCAUUCAAAUACAUCACCUUAAAUAAUUUUGGAAGUACAUAGGCUUUCAAUUAUAAUAAUUUAUAGAUGUUUGUCACAUACAAAAGAGAUGCAGUUAAAUCAAUACAGGUAAAUUUGGCUAAAAUGAUUUUAUUUGCUUAAAAAAUACUGAGAAUUUACUCCUCCAAAAUACAGUUCUUUGAAAAACAGUUCUCAUUCUUCAUUUGUGACUGCUUUUUCUUUUUUUUUAAUACUCAAAGAACUGUAGUUCUAAACUUCUUAGGACAAAAUAGCUGCCAACUCUAAAAGACAAAAUUAUGGCAGAAAAAGAGAAAACAACAUCAUAAUGACAAAAAAAAUUCUACACUUUGCCAAUAAUUAAUGUAAAGUCAAGUCCUAAGUUGACAACUUAAUUUUUUUAAAUUCCCCAAAUAAUUUUUGAAGGUUUAAUAUUACCAUAAGAUUCAUAACUAGGCCUGUAGAAAUCAUCAGUUAUAAGGCAGAGGCAGUCUUUUGAUUUUGCUAAUAACAAACAGAUAAUUCCUCUUAAGCAGAUUAACUUAAAGUACAUUUUCAAGGAAGUUAAAAUCCCCUUCAAUCAGGUUCUCAAGUUUAAUUACAAAAGUCAAACAAUUUAUUAAUACUCAUUCAAGUGCAGCAACAAAACAGGCACAGAAGUCUCAGGGGCCAGGAAACAAACCCAAUCGAUAUUUACAAGAGUCACCGAGAAAACAUUUUUUUGCCAUAACUUGAUAAAACAUCUAACUGGUCCUCUUAACUAGGAUUCUUCCUCUCUCUUCUUUGCUGCCCCCUAUCUGGAAACUACAUUUAACAUUUUCUUCACUCACAGUAAGUACAAUCAUAUUGUUUAUUUUGCUAUUUUUAUAUUAAUAAAAGAAGUACAAAUUAGAAAACCUGGCCUUUUAAAGGUAUUUUAUAGGUAUUCCUUUUGCUUUAUUAGCCCUGUAGUUAUAUUACAAAAAUAGCUUUAAGCUGUAGCUACUUCUAUAAAGUUAAAAAAUUAUUUUAAAAUGGCAAAAGAGUUUGCCUAAAGAGUUUUUUGUUUGUUUGUUUUUUUGUUUUUGUUUUUUUUUUUUUUUUAGAUGGAGUCUUGCUCUGUCGCCCAGGCGCAAUGUCAGCUCACUACAACCUCUGCCUCCGGGGUUCAAGCGAUUCUCCUGCCUCAGCCUCCCAAGUAGCUGGGAUUACAGGCACCCGCCACUGUGCCCAGCUAAGUUUUGUAUUUUUAAUAAAGUCGGGGUUUCACCAUCUUGUCCAGGCUGGUUUUGAACUCCCGAUCCACCUGCCUCAGCCUCCCAAAGUGUUGAGGUUACAGGCGUGAGCCACCGCACCCAGCCAAAGAGUUUCUUUUGCUCGAUCUUUUCCUUUUCUCUUUACUAUCUGAACUCACUGAAUAAUUGCCCUACUUCCAGUUUCAUUCUGCCCAUAUAGAAAUUGUGUGUCUAUUCCCUGAAAAAUACCAACUAAACUGCCAGCAGUAGCAUCUCCAACAGUAUCUUUUGGUCUUCAGUGUCAAAGGCCUUUGAACAAAUGACCGGAAGGCUGAAUCUAAAACAGCCUUUGACAGGAUGCCAGCUUUGAACACUCACAUUUUGACUAUGGCUCCAGCUUUCUAUUUAUCUGGGAAGCAAGAGAGAAACAACACAACUUCACAAUUUUGCGCAAAUGCUAAAGGCUAAAAUAAAAGUGAUACAUCACCAGGAGGCAUAAUCACCUCAAAAGCUCACUGAUACUGUUUUUAAAAUGGGGCUCCCUUUUAAUUCAAUUCAGUCUGGAUUCCAGUGUAAAGCUAAAUAAAGGUUUUCAGACAAAUACUGCAAAACUGCUAAAAUACUACAUUUUCCUUUUCCUUCAUUUUCUUGGUCAUAACACCACCAUUUACUAUGUGUUAGCUACAGCAGAAGGACUUUGACAUGGAUUUUUAAAUGUCAUUUCCUAGCAAUCCUAUGAAAUUAAAAAUACUAGUCAGUGAGGAAAUGGGCCAGAAAAGUCAAGUAAUUUGUAAAAGGUCACACAAGUGGGAACUGGAAGAACCAGGGUUUGAACUCAGGAGCUUUGAUUUCCUAGGCCUUGUUGGCUUCAUCCAUCAACAAACCAUUCCUGGGGGAAGGCUUCGUCAUUCUCUUUCUGACCUAAUCCAUGGAGAAAUCUUUUGGAGCAGUGGUUUGCAACCUUGGCUGCAUAUUAAUUAUCAUAUAUUUUUAAAAUGUAUAUGCAUGGGCCCCACCCUCUGGAGAUUCCAAUUUAAUAGGUCUGGGAUAGGGCCCAAUCACCAGUAUCAUUCAAUACUGCAGCAAUGAUUAAAAUAAACAAUACGUCUCUUCGUGGUGCUUAAAUUCUAAUGGUGCUUAGAUUCUAGUAGAAGCCAAUAGAACCUCUAGAUGAUUCUAAUGUGUGGCUCAGCCCAAGAACCAAUGAUCAAGACACCACUUACUGAGAGUUCUUUCUUCAAGACCUCCAAGUGAGCAACUCAACUGACUCCUCCAAAGAGAAUGGACAAGAGUCUAGCAACAGCUAGCAUAAGACAGUGGAAUCUGAGAGAGUUCUAGCUUUGAGAGGCAGUGGAGCACAAUGGGAAAUACAUGGGGACUGGUGUCACCUAGACCUGGAUUCAAAUUCCGUCUCCCCUAUUUAUUAACUGUGUGACCUUGGGCCAAUCACUUACCUUUUGUGGCUGUUCUGCGGAGUCAAUGAAAUGAUGUAAGUAAAUCUCCAGGCAUACAAAAAUGCCCAAUCAAAGGUAGUUGCAACUGUUGUUUUGGCUGGUUUUAUUACUAUUAUAGUGGUAAUGACUACUGCCAGCAGACAUCGAUGAAGAAAAAAACAAAUUUUAAAAGCCUCCCCCAUUUAUUAGCCAAAUAAUUCCUACUUUUAUUACUUAGCAUUUAAUUUACAGCUAUUUAUAUUUGCAAUUAGCUUGGUAAUCAUAUUUCUUAUUCAUGACAACUGGGUGAGGAUGGUUAAUGUUAUUCCGAUUUUCUAGAUGAGGAAUCUUAUUUCCUAUGCAUGAUGACUAAGUGAAAAUAGUUAACAUUAUUAUUCCCAUUUUCUAGAUGAGGAAAAGGCAACAUCUUCCAUCUAUUGUCUCUAGUUUCUAUGAUUCUAUGAUUAAAGGCACCUGCUGUCAUGUUCAUUGGUUCCCUAUGAAAAAUGAUAUUCAACAUAGAUGUCAAGUGUAGGAAAGAAGAAUUAACAAGCACUUGAUAGCAACCCCAAAAUAACAUCUAAAUAAUCACUCAGGAACAUCAAAGUCAUGGCAAACAAGUUCCAUUUUAAAUAAAGGUGUUGGACAGGAUUAGGGAAAAAAUGAACAAACACGUCUUCUUUAUUCACAUUCAUUUAGGAAAUAUCUGACAUAGCUUAGAAAUUCUUUUUGAAAUACAGACUGAAUAAGUGUUAACUUCCUCUAUGAAGGGUCUUCAGUUAGCAGACUGCAAUAGAUUAUGUCCUGAUAUUUUAUCUUAAGUUAGAGCUAUGAAGUAGGAGAGAUCCAAGGUGGAAAGACCCAGUUCAGGGGUUCUCUAAAAAGGCCACCAGGAAGCCCGUGGACUCUGUGAAAGGGCCCAUCACUCCAAAGACACCAAAUACUCCCCCAACACUGAUGGCUUGCCCAUAAAUGUAUCCCUUUUCAUAUGCAUGAAAUUUCCAUGAAUAAAAAUAUAAAUGCCUCUAGAAACACUGCUAAAUUUAUAGUUAUUAUAUAUAACUACUAUUACAUUACGGGGAGGGGCUGAAUUUUGUUAUUGUUGUUAAAAGGAGACUUCAUAUUCGAAAAGCUUAGGAAACUCUAGCCCAGUCCAAACAUCUCCUUUUACUGACAUAGAUGAAUCUUAGGGGCAGCUGGGACUCCACCUUAGGUUUUCUCAUUCCCAGACAAGUGUUUCUUGUUGCACACCAUACACGCCUUCCAGUGCAGUUACAGACUCAUGGGAUGUUAACAGUCAUGACUAGAUCCUCUCUCUAAUAUCAUUUCCUCUUUCUAAAGCAGGAGAGUACAAUCCCACCCUCUCUCCGUGGAUAUGUUCCAGGAACACUCUAAAUCUCCUGAGCCUCUUCUUUCCCCUUUCUUCCCUCCCAUCCUCAGCUCCCCAGUUUGGUAAGUUUAAGGUUAGCAGUACACUCAACCCUUCUCAAGCUCAGAGAUGCUCUGGAAGUACCCUAAGACAUUUAAUCUCAAUAUGAAAUGGAAAUAUAAUCACCGAGGUACUAAAACAAAGAAUGUAUAAAGUAUGUAUAAAAUCUGCAUCUAUAUGAGUGUAUUUAUAGCUAAAACCCCAUAAAUAUUUCCUAAUAUCUAUGAAAAAUAAGAAAGUGGAAUAUUCAUGAAUAAUCAUUUUAUUUACCUGGAUCUGUCAAUACCAAUCAGGUGUUAAUAAACCCCUUGCACACCAACUUUUCAAAAUGGUUUCACAUUUAUGAUUUCACUUUCUCCUGAUGACUCACUCUGAUAUAAGUGCUACUGGAGUGUCACUGGAACUUAAAUUCCAUGAAGAGAAGGAAUUUAUUUUAUUCACUGUUCUAACCCCAGUGCCUAGAACAGCGUCUGGUAUGUGGUGGCAUUCAAUAUUUGUUGACUGAGUGAAUGACAGAAGCUGACUGGGAUGGUAGUUUCUAUUUAUUGAUUGAUUUUUUGACUUCAUGUAGUUUCACUUUUCUUUGAGAAAAUUAAAUGAGUCUAUAGGGGAAUAAUUGAGUUCCUAAAAAUUUCUUCUUAAAGUCUUCAUCCUGUUGUAACUUUAACAUUCUUCCCUCAAAUAUUGUUAAUGUAAUUUUUCUUUUCUUUUUUUUUUUUUUUGUUUUUUUGAGACGGAGUCUUGCUCUGUCACCCAGGCUGGAGCACAGUGGCACAAUCUCGGCUCACUACAACAUCCGACUCCCAGGUUCAAGCAAUUCUCCUGCCUCAGCCUCCCAAGUAGCUGGGACUACAGGCACGCGCUGCCAUGCCCAGCUAAUUUUUGUAUUUUUAGUAGAGACAGGGUUUCACCAUGUUGGCCAGGAUGGUCUUGAUCUCUUGACGUCGUGAUCCGCCCACCUCGGCCUCUCAAAGUGUUGGGAUUACAGGCGUGAGCCACCGCGCCCGGCCUUGUUAAUGUAAUUUUUCAAGUUUAUAUAAGUAAUUCAUUCAUUAUAGGAAAAUCAGAUACUAUCAAUAUACGAAAAGAAGAAAACAAAAGGUCCUGGUGAUCCCAUCACCUUGGGACAACACAAUUAACAUGCUGAUGUGUAUCUUUUCAGACUUUUUUCUAUGCAGUUCUACAAACACAAACACAUACAUAUGAAACAUUCCCAAAAGUCUCUGCCCUAGACUUUGUGAUUUUGAUUUUUUCCUUCUUCUCUAAACCCUUUUUCCUGAGGUAGCUCCUUGCCUUCCUUUUAUGUCCUAAAUCUAUUCCUUCCCCAAUAUUUAGGUCCUACUUCAAAACGAUUUUCCCCCUUUGCCCUCCAAAAGAUUUGUCUGUUCUUACAACUUUGAACUCUAUGUGGAUGUUGUCUAUCGGGAUCUUCAGUCCUCCCUUUUCUCUGGGAUACCGAUGCUACUCAAGCUCUACACAUCUAACGCCCAAUGCAUCAUAUCGCCUCCAUCAAAACCAGAUGACGCACCGAUCCUAUUUCCGUUAACUAUCACAGAAUUCUACAAGGUAUCCUCAAAAGCCACCUUUGCUUCCCCAACUCCACCACAUCCAACCAUUCAAAGCCUUUUACAUCCCUCCUUCCUAUUCUCUCUCACUCAUCAAUUCCCAUGGUUGCCAUCAGUGUUUAGGCCCUUGCACAUAUACUAUUUUCUGCCUCUGUCUCUUGUUUUCUGUAUAACAAAAACCCAUCAAUGCUACUCACUGCUGCAAGUUAACUUCCUAAAACCCCACUUAUUUCUUGCCCUUCGUAUAUUCAGAAAUUUGUGGUUGCUUCCUUCUCUUACAAAAUGGGAUUCCAGCCUCUUCAUAAUCUCAUCUCGAACUACUUUUCCACCCUAUUUCUCAUUAUUCCUGAAAAGAAACACUUUGCUCCAGCCAGCUUGGUGUACUCAUUACUCACCCACCUCCAAAACAUCUGAUUGUGAGUUAAGUACUUAUUAACCGUUUAUUAUGUGUAAAACCCACUCAAUCACUCAACAAAUAUUUACUGAGCAGCUAUUCCAUCAGGUAAAGUAAUGGUGCUGCAGACACAGUGGUGAACAAGACAGACCAAGUCGCUGUCCUCCUGGAACUGAGGCAAAUGGGUUAUAGGGUUAAAGGGGGAGACUCUUAAGACAUGGUGGUCCCAGCCCAGGAUACUCGCAAUCUUUCAUUGAAAUGUCAAAUGAAUCAAGACAUCCCUGAGGGCUGAACUUUGCGGUCCAGGCUGCAAAUGGGGAAAGAGUUCAGAAGGAAGGGCUGGCUGGAGUGAGAGCUGGAUUGUGGAUGUGGCGUCUUUGAUGUGGGACUCAACUCGGGCACUCAAGGAUGAGCAUAUGAGAGAAGCAGGUACCUUUCUUCCAGGAGUGUAGGAGGAAAGGCAAAAAGGUGGAAUGGAAACAACAGCAAUAGUGUCAGCUUAUUUUGCAUAAGGGUUCACUCAACAUCUAUUCAGAAGAGCACAUCCUCUGCCUUUGCAGGGCCCCAGGCUCCGUGGUGGAUGUGAAGGUAACACAGACUCAGAUCCUACCGUCAGGGGAUUUCCAUCUAGCUAGGAGAGAAGGCAGGUUCAUGAUGAUCUAUCACACACAGACAGUGAGACGUUCCAUAAGAGAGCAGAGAGAACACGGAGGAAGUUUCGAAGGUGCAUGUCUGGGUUUGUGUAACAGUACUUACAGCAUCACAUUUUUAUGCAUCUGCACCCAUACGUGCAUGUAUUGAAAAUAACUGUUUCAAAGUGCUUUCUCACUUCCUCAUUUCGUACUAAGUGACUCGGGAAACAGGUAGAAUAGGUAAGAUUAUGUUUUCCAGAGGGGGGAAAAGUGUGGCACAGAUUUUGUAACUGAUCUGCUUAGGUAGGGAACAUAAACAGGCGCGAGUGGAACAAGAACACCCUGUCCGUCGCCGCCCACUCCUGCAGCAGAGGAAGUAUCUAGAACCGAGGACGCACACUAAGUUCUGUAAUCGCAUGACACCUGGCAGGUACAAUGAAGCCAGGAAGGCACUUCGGAUUGAAAAAGGCAGGACAUAGGCAGCAUUCCGGAGAAGGAACGUGAGCCAAGGCCAUUCCUCCAUUUCCGUUUUACCUCCCCAAGUCCUGCCUGAAUCAUCCCCCACCCUUAGGUCUGCCCAAACCACAACCAUCCCUUAGGGUUCACCCCAAAUAUUUUCAACCCACACUGGUUUUUUUCAUUCCAUUGAUUUCACCCCCACUAAUAUCCCAGAGAAGGGCAAGUGGCCGUUUCUCUCCUGGGCAUCAUAGCAGGCUCAGCCAGCACACGGCUCGGCUCAGAGCAGGUAGUUAACAAACACGAGCCGAAUGAAAGAAUUCCUGGGAUCGCCACAGCUCAGUAAGGAUGCCCUGAGCCCCUACAUCCCUCCCCCAACACAGUGGGCCUGCCUGGCACGGGCGGCCUUAGCAACCCGGAGGAGCUCACUAACAACGGAGAGAAGGGGGCGCGUGGGGAGGGCGGGGUGGCCCGAGACGCUGGGCCACUGGGACCCGAGCGCGCGACCCCAGCCGGAAUUCGGAGCUAAGGCUGCCGCGCUCCGGCAAAACGCGCUUGAUGAGGUAGUUAAAGAUUUCCCCCUCUGGAAAACCGCCAGGGAAAAGUGGUGAAAAACGAAGCCGGGAGGGCCCUAGUCUCGGGAGUCUAGGAGGAGCCCAACCCCCGGACCUAAUGCCGCAGGGAGAAAAGACAGAGCAGCGAGCGCAGAGGCCACUCUAGCUCCAAGGAAAAGGAACGGCUUUUGCCGCAAGAAGAACCUAGGCCUGGAAGCAUCGCGAGAUCUGGGGGUCGGGAUCACAUUGCGUUGCCUAGCGACAGCAAGGACGCUCGCAGGACCCCAGGCUAAACCCCGCUGUAGCCUUAAAUCUCCUACCAUGGGGGAAGAAGGCGGCGGCCGCAGCUGUGGGACCACUAGGGAGCUGCAGAAGCUGAAGCAGCAGGCGAUGGAGUACUACCGGGAGAACGACGUUCCGCGCAGGCUGGAAGAGCUGCUCAACUCCACCUUCUACCUCCAGCCUGCCGACGUCUACGGGCACCUGGCAAACUGCUUUUCUAAACUUGCAAAGCCUCCCACCAUAUGCAAAAUAGUGGGGAAAGACGUACUGGAUGGACUGGGGCUUCCAACCCUGCAAGUGGACAUAUUCUGCACCAUUCAGAACUUUCCCAAGAACGUAUGUUCUGUGGUGAUCUCGACUCAUUUUGAAGUCUAUGAGAACGCUCUGCCCGAGCUGGCCGAGGCGGAGGAGGCAGAGAGGGCCAGCGCGGUCAGCACCGCCGUGCAGUGGGUCAACAGCACCAUCACACACGAGCUCCAGGGGAUGGCACCCUCUGACCAGGCAGAAGUGGAUCACCUACUCAGGAUAUUCUUCGCAAGUAAAGUUCAAGAAGAUAAGGAGAGAAAAGAAUUGGAAAAGAGCCUGGAAUACUCAACAGUGCCUACACCUCUACCUCCAGUACCACCACCACCACCCCCUCCACCUCCUACCAAAAAAAAGGGGCAAAAGCCAGGGAGGAAGGAUACUAUUACGGAGAAACCUAUUGCGCCUGCAGAGCCUGUUGAGCCUGUACUCAGUGGCAGUAUGGCCAUAGGGGCCGUGUCACUAGCUGUUGCCAAAGCCUGUGCCAUGCUGCUUAAUAAACCUCUGUACUUAAGUAUCACUCUACUGAAGCACAAUCAGGAACAGCCAACAACGCUAUCUAUGCCUUUGCUGAUGGUAUCGCUGGUCAGCUGUGGGAAGUCAUCAUCUGGGAAGCUAAAUUUAAUGAAAGAAGUGAUUUGUAUACCCCAUCCUGAAUUAACAACCAAACAAGGUGUCGAGAUGCUUAUGGAAAUUCAGAAACAUAUCAACAAAAUAAUUGAAAUGCCCUCUCCUCCAAAAGCAGAGACAAAAAAAGGGCAUGAUGGAAGCAAAAGAGGUCAACAGAUCACUGGCAAGAUGUCCCAUCUUGGCUGUUUAACCAUUAACUGUGACUCCAUAGAACAGCCACUGCUUCUAAUACAGGAAAUCUGUGCAAACCUGGGGCUAGAACUGGGAACAAAUCUGCAUCUAGCUAUCAACUGUGCUGGACAUGAGCUGAUGGACUACAAUAAAGGAAAGUAUGAAGUGAUCAUGGGCACAUACAAAAAUGGAGCGGAGAUGGUUGACCUGUAUGUGGAUCUGAUCAACAAGUACCCUUCAAUUAUUGCCUUAAUUGAUCCUUUCAGGAAGGAGGACUUGGAACAAUGGGACAGCAUCUAUCACGCACUUGGUUCCAGGUGUUACAUAAUUGCAGGAACUGCUUCCAAAAGCAUUUCUAAACUUCUAGAGCAAGGAAACAUCAGCAUCCCCAAAUCCAAUGGGCUGAUCAUAAAACACACAAACCAAACUACAAUGUCUGACUUGGUGGAAAUAACCAAUCUGAUUGACAGUAAGAAGCACAUCACUGUCUUUGGAAGUACAGAAGGAGAAUCAUCUGAUGACAGCCUUGUCGAUUUGGCUGUUGGGCUUGGUGUCCGGUUUAUCAAGUUGGGGGGUCUUUCCCGUGGUGAACGAGUGACUAAAUACAACCGCCUUCUCACUAUAGAGGAAGAACUUGUCCAGAAUGGAACACUGGGUUUCAAAGAAGAACACACUUUUUUUUACUUUAAUGAGGAAGCUGAAAAGGCUGCGGAGGCACUUGAGGCUGCUGCGGCUAGGGAGCCGCUGGUGCCCACCUUCCCCACACAAGGUGUAGAGGAAUCAGCCGAAACAGGAGCAUCCUCUGGAUAGGAACACCCCAGGUUCCAGCCAUACCAUCAGUAUUAGUAGACCGGGAGGUCUGAAGUACGGCACCGCGUCUCCACAUUGAGUUUCCUCUUCAACUUCACCAACUCUUGUGGUUUUUAUUCUUCUAAUUCCACUGUUUGGUAAAUUACAUAUAUGAUGUUUUUGCCUGAAAUUCUAUCUGUGAACUUUGUUUUGCAGCCACCACACUUCCAUGUGGAUUUUGUUUGUCUAUUAGCUCUCUUGUCCAUUUUUCAGGGACACGCUUCAGUAAAAGAGGCCAAUAUUUUUGUUGCCAACUCCGCACUCAGUCAAACACCCCAUCCUUUACCAAUCAGAAUAUCUCUGAGAACAAAAACCUAAUGACCCUAGAAGCUCUCUGUGCUGGGAACAGAUGUCUAUCUUCUGUUUUUAUUCUACAUGUCUGUGCUGAAAAGCACUGACACAUUUUCGUAGCCAACCUCACGUAGAAGUGUGAGAGCGUCACUAUUUUUUGUAACAGCCAGUUUCAUCUCACUUUCCUACCCUUGACUCCUUUUUUCCUAAUUCCCUCUUCUUUUUAAAUUUUUAGUUUUUCUUGUAUUAUUUUUAUCUUUGCGAGUCUUCUUAGAUCCUUUUUGGAGUAAGAAUGAGUAUAAAUGAAUAAGCACAUCAGUAAAUGAAUAAAUAUUCUCAAGGUUAUUAAAUGCCCAGUUAUUUAUACUACAGCAUUUAAAAAGCAAUCCGCAAGUGAUAAAAAAAAAAUGAUGUAACAUA